CCAAAUCGGAACAACAUUAUCUACGUAGUGUUGUAGCUAGCAACCACAGUCAGCCAUGACGUGUCCCCUCGUCCUCAUCCUCCUGAUGUCCCUUAGUUCCUCCAUUGCCCAUGGCGCCGGAGGUCGCCAGCACUACCAUGUGGUGGAGACCAGGCAUUUGGAGCCCAAAUCCUUCUGCUCUGGCCUCAAGGCCGCUCCGUCGGCCGAGGGCACGUGGGUGCCGCUGCACCGUCCGUUCGGCCCCUGCUCGCCGUCCGCCGUCGCCGUCUCUGCUGGAGAUGCUCCGCUGGGACCAGGUCCGCACCGACUACUACGUCCGGAGGAAGGCCAGCCGCGGGGCGGAGGACGUGCUCAACCCAGCCAAGCUGCACGUGCUGAUGACUCAGGUGGACUUCGGUACCAGUUCCACCUUCGGCAUCGGCUCCGGCUUCGGUAGCUCGGCGUGGAUCGACGCCGACGGCGACCCCACGAUCGUGUCCCAGCAGAGAGCAGACCAUGGCCAUCGACACGACCGUGGACGUACCAUGGAUCCAGUGCGUCCCCUACCCCAGCCCCCAGUGCUACCCGCAGCGGAUCCCCUUGUUCGACCCCAGCACAUCGAGCACCGCCGCGGCUCCCCCGCCUGCCGCUCCCUCGGCUCCUAUGGCAACGGCUGCUCCAAGCCUCCAACACGUCCGCGAACGCCGACUGCCGGUACCAGAUCGAGUACAGCGACGACCGGGCGGCCGCCGGGACAUACAUGCCUGAUACGCUGACCAUCAGCGGCAGCACCACCGUCCACAACAUCCGGUUCGGGUGCAGCCACGCCGUGUGCCGCAAGUUCAGUGACCUGACCGCCGGGACAUGCCCUCGGCGGCCGCGCCCAGUCGCUCCUCGCCCAGACGGCCCGCUCCCUGGGGAACGCCUUCUCCUACUGCGUACCGCAGGCCAGCGCCUCUCGGGCUUCCUCUAGAUCGGUGGGCGGGCGACCACAAACUCCACCACCUUGUUCGCCACCACGCCGCGGGUCAGGAGCGCCAUCAACCCGAGCCUGUACCUGGUGCGGCCCCACGGCUCCAGAGCAUCGUCAUGGCGGGGUGCCGGUUGGACGGCUGUAUCUCGUUACCGUACACGUUUGAUUUUGUUAUCUUGCUAGCGAAUUAAAGAGCCAUGCAUCGCGUGCUUGGCCGUUGUAUCUCGUUCUCGUAUCGUAGUAAAAGUAGGCCAGCUACCAGGAUGAGUUCGUGGGAUGGCACAACCUCCAGUAAUGAUCAUGGCGGCAUGGUAGUUGUAGGGGUUGAUCAGGAGCGAGUAGCUGUGGCCUGUGGGAUGUCAGUGUGGCUUUAUGUGUUGUAACCCAAACGGUCGCUAGGAGAUCGAGAAAAUCAGAGAAAAUGCUGCAAGCUUUGCACAGCGCCAAACUAUGUCUUUGUGCACUCCGGUGCAGCUUGUGGUUUAUGAAUAUGUGAACAUGUAAAUCUCUGGCUUGACAUAUUUUA